AUGUUUUGUGUUCAAGUGGGUAUGAGCCGACUAACACAAACGAGUGAUCCGAUUUUUGGAAUUUGUAAUACAACUGUUGGUGGUGAUAGUACACCAAGCGUAAUAGCGGGCACAAAUCCAUGUAACUUUUAUCCAGGAGAAAUACCAUCGUAUGCGAUUGACAAUAUUAAUACAACAAAAUACACAAACUUUGGAAGUGGUACGCUUUCCAGUUCAAGUCCGACUCAAGGGUGUAACACAGGCUUUUAUGUUACACCUUCAAUGGGUCCAUCUGUACUAAAAGCAUUUGUAUUUGUAACAGGAAACGAUAUACCCGACCGCGAUCCUACUGCAAUCACUAUAGAAGGAAGUAAUUUAACUUCUUCGUUAACAGUAGGCACUAGUUGGACAUCGAUUUAUUCGGGGCCGUCUGGUCUUUCAACCGAUCCUGGACGCCGUACCCUUGGAGUUCAACAAACAUGUAGUAGUAAUACGAUUUACUAUCUAAACUAUCGACUACUGACGACAACACAACGAGGAACAGAAAGUGCUGUUCAGUACUCUGAAGCAAUUUUACUUGGUUAUUUUUAG